CUGAACCAGCAGGCUGAAAGGGUAAGAUGGCGGGAGAUUCCCCGGGAUUGUGGGGGUGGCCAGGUGCUUUUCUUGCCCAUCCAUCUGUAUAAAAUUCCAUGUUUCUUACUUUUCCGUGCCUCUUUUCCCCCAUCACAACGAAAUUAUUGCCUGCCUGUCUUGCCCCAUCAAAACCGAGGCAUCGAACAUCGCCUGCUGCUACCCAUCAAGCUUCCAUUUUUGGUAGAGUGUCAGCAUGCAGACACUAUCCUCGACGACUCGUUGGUGGUUCCAUCUAGCCUGCAUAUGGACCAUCUUCGGAGCUGCCGCCGUCGCAGCGAGCGAUCAGUCGAGCGUUGUGGAAAUCGACCUAGUAUUCCCCCGCAACGAGACGUACGCGCCGACGCCGCUUGUACCUAUCAUAUUCGGUUUCCAAAACUCGCACUUGGCGCCGGGGCUCGCUCUCAAGAUCGGGUUCUCGAUAUGGAACUACAAUAACAAGAGCGAUUCGGUCAAAACCACGGAGUACGAUGUGAGAUUUGCCAACUUCUCUAGCAGCGACCCAUACUAUGAAUACCGUGGCUUCGUCAUGUUCAACGUCGAGGGGACCUGGCAGAUCAGAUACACUGUGUCAUGGUUCAGCUGCACGGAGGAUUCAUUCGAGUACCCAUACGAAAUUCCCAGCAAUAACACGUCCAAUGCCAUCAUUUUCACCACCAAGAACGGCGGGCAAAGUGUGGAUCUCGUGGCCGCCACAAACGAACAGGAUUGUUCAUCUGACGCGGGUGUCGCCAUCAGCGUGACUGAUACGCUCAACUCCACCGGAAUCUCAAAGUGGCCAGGCAGCGGUACCUGUGCUGUGGUGGCAUCAUCAACGGUCACGCCGAACCCUUGCCAGAUCAAGAUGACCGAGUCCGAGGCGUCGAGCAUCUCCGCCACUGUUACUGCUCGGGCGUGCGAGGCUCAGAAUCCACCAAUCGAGUGCCCUUUAGGCAACGAUGGUGACGAAAAUGCUGCGGAUCAUGGGUUGGGUGUUGGAGGAGUGGUGUGUUUGGCUGCCGCAUUGGGUGCGAUCUUCCACGUUUUGAUGUGACAAAUAUAUGAAUGGUAGUUGCGUUUCACACCGAGAUGACUGAACAUGGAACUUCGACGAGAAUCAAAAAAUUCAAUGCCUCAUUGAGGGUCUGUCAAGGAAUCCGAGAUCAGGCUGAACAAGAAUGCCCUGCGUCGUCCUCCUGUGCCUCCUGCAUGUAGUUCGCAGGUGACCUUGCCUGAAGGAUUUGACGUAGAUGAAUACAGGCAAGAGCAGCAUAUUAUUGGGCUGAUGUAAUAUCAAUGUAGUAAUAUGGGUAUGCACAGCGGAAGCAGACGAGAUUCAGAACUUUUGCAUUUUCCGAUGCAGGGGAACAUUAUGAAAGAUGAU